AUGGCUCCAGCAAUUGUAGAUGAGAAGAAUGGAAGGAGUCCUGGGUUUCAGACGAUGAUUAGAGAGUGUCCGGUUACGGAAGAGAGGAUGCCGUUUGUUGAGAGGGGUGAGGAGAAGAGAUUGAGGGAUCCGGGAAUUGCGAGAGCAAAUCAAGCAGCAUCUGUUGAAGCACCAUAUGGAACACAGAAAGACAAUUAUGUUCACCGCAAUAGACAUCUUACAGUCCUCCAACAACACAUCUCCUUCUUCGACCCCGAUUCCGACGGCAUAAUCUGGCCCCAAGACACCUACACCGGUUUCCGACGUCUAACCUACAACCCCUUCCUCGCGCUCCUCGCCGUCCUAAUUAUCCACGCCAAUUUCUCCUACCCUACUCUCCCCCCGGACUCCUGGAUCCCAGAUCUCUUCUUCCGGAUCUGGACAGAUAGGAUUCAUAAAGAUAAACAUGGGAGUGAUACCGGAACGUACGAUCAUGAGGGGAGAUUUAUCCCCCAGAGAUUCGAGGAGAUUUUUACUAAGUAUGCGAGGGAUGGGGAUGGGGAGUCGAUUUCUUUGAGGGAGGUGUGGGGCGUUAUGAGGGGUCAGAGGUGUAUUGCGGAUCCGAUUGGGUGGGGAGGUGCGCUUUUUGAAUGGAUCGCGACGUGGCUUUUGUUAUGGCCGGAAGAUGGGAGGAUGAAGAAAGAAGAUAUCAGGAGGAUUUAUGAUGGGAGUCUUUUUUAUGAGAUUGCUGCUAGGAAUGAGAGGAAGAAGUUUAGUUAA